GCGCUCGCGAGCUCAGGUAGCGGGCGCGCGGGCGCCUCCUCGGGGGCGCGCGGCCGGGCUGCCAUCCUCCCGCACCCCCCGCCCCCAGCCCCCGCACCCGUCCGCUCCGGGAGCCAAGGGAGGGAGAGCGCGGGCGGGGGGAGCUGGAGCCGGGCGCCGCCGCCGCCGCCGCCGCCGAGGCUUCCGUCUCGCUCGCUCGCGCAGCGGCGGCAGCAGAGGUCGCGCACAGAUGCGGGUUAGACUGGCGGGGGGAGGAGGCGGAGGAGGGAAGGAAGCUGCAUGCAUGAGACCCACAGACUCUUGCAAGCCGGAUGCCCUCUGUGGAUGAAAGAUGUAUCAUGGAAUGAACCCGAGCAAUGGAGAUGGAUUUUUAGAGCAGCAGCAGCAGCCUCAGUCCCCCCAGAGACUCUUGGCCGUGAUCCUGUGGUUUCAGCUGGCGCUGUGCUUCGGCCCUGCACAGCUCACGGGCGGGUUCGAUGACCUUCAGGUGUGCGCGGACCCCGGCGUCCCCGAGAAUGGCUUCAGGACGCCCAGCGGAGGGGUUUUCUUUGAAAGCUCUGUCACCCGUUUUCACUGCCAAGACGGAUUCAAACUGAAGGGCUCUACAAAGAGACUGUGUAUGAAGCAUCUAAACGGAACCCUAGGCUGGAUCCCGAGUGACAAACCCAUCUGUGUGCAGGAAGAUUGCCACAUCCCGCAAAUUGAAGAUGCUGAGAUUCAUAACAAGACAUACAGACACGGAGAUAAGCUAAUCAUCACUUGUCAUGAAGGAUUCAAGAUCCGGUACCCCGACCUAUACAAUGUGGUUUCAUUAUGUCGUGAUGAUGGAACGUGGGACAAUCUGCCCUUCUGUCAAGGCUGUCUGAGACCACUUGCCUCUUCUAAUGGCUACGUGAACAUCUCCGAGUUCCAGACCUCCUUCCCAGUGGGAACUGUCAUCUCCUAUCACUGCUUCCCUGGAUUCAAACUUGAGGGGUCAGAGUAUCUUGAAUGCUUGCACAACCUUAUCUGGUCGUCCAGCCCACCCCGGUGCCUUGCUCUGGAAGCCCAAGUCUGUCCGCUACCUCCAAUGGUGAGUCACGGCGAUUUCAUCUGCCACCCGCGACCUUGUGAGCGCUACAACCACGGAACCGUGGUGGAGUUCUACUGCGACCCCGGCUACAGCCUCACCAGUGACUACAAGUACAUCACCUGCCAGUACGGGGAGUGGUUUCCAUCCUACCAGGUCUACUGCGUCAAGUCAGAACAAACGUGGCCCAGCACCCACGAGACCCUCCUGACCACGUGGAAGAUCGUGGCGUUCACGGCAACCAGCGUGCUGCUGGCACUGCUGCUCGUCAUCCUGGCCAGGAUGUUCCAGACCAAGUUCAAGGCCCACUUUCCCCCCAGAGAUCCCUCUAAUGGAAGAAGAUCCAUAAUUGGAAAAAGUCCUGAUGAUUCUGCUACCCCUUUGGGAAUGGGAACCGUGUACCUUGGAGUGAGGCCUCUGGAGGGCAGAGCUUGGGGGGAUGGAGCAAGUUUUCUAAUCUAUCAACAACAUGGGGACAGUGAUUCAUAUUGUGCAUCUCCGACUCAAGAGCGAGGCUGAUAAACGGCAGCGGCAGUACUUUAAAAGGAGACUUGAGAAUUUGCCAAGACCAGUGAGGAACAGAAGGAUGAGGGGGAACCCUGAGCAGUCCUGGAUGAAGGUAUUAAGGGCAUCUUGUGCUGCCGAACAUGGGACAGACGGUUCCACGCAUAUAUCCACCAAAUUCCACCUCCCACCGACUAACGAGUACUACCCGCCUCCUCUGAAAGCAUGUCACAUUACCUAAAUCGCUUCUAAAAUCCGCUUCAAACUGUCUCUGGACUCCAGAUUCGGAUGGCUCAGCCUCUGCGGGAAGUCUGUGUUGAGCUGCUGGAAGAGCAGCAGAGCGCCCCCUGCAGGCUCCCAAAGGAAGGUUCUCGAGUGUCCCUCGGACAGUCUUUCUUGGCUGCACAACCCUACGCAAGGCAAGAUUAAAGCGGGACGUGGCAGUUCCACCGAGAAUGGAAAGGAAAGACUCAGGCAGACUCUGCUUUCUGGAAAUUUCUCCAAAAGGCAGAGUUCCUGUCUUCCGUGCUGUCCUUUGGUGAAAUAUCGUCAGUAUUUGUAUUCAUGGUCUAGCACAUGGAUCCAAGGCAUUGGCUAAACCUUGUGACUUUACACAUGGUCAGAGUGUGUUCAAAUACAUCUCAUGGUGGAGAAGUAGCCAAGGUAAUGUUUUGUUUCAGCAUUUUUAAAAGCUUCCACUUGACAGUUUAUCUCAGUUGUGAGCCCCUCAACUUUUAAGAGUUGUUGCCCCCGCUCCCAAACUCAGCCACAUUUAAUUUUCCAAAACAGAAAUUCUAUCUGGAAACACAUUCGUCCUCCUCCAGAUAAAGUAUGAGGUUGAAUUAUUUUAUCCCUUUUAUUUUGUCCUGCAAAGCCCGCAGUCUCCAAAGAUGGACGGCUCUGCCCUCCUGCUUCGGCGGUCCCCUGGCUGCCUCACCCAUCAGUCCAUCCAGCACGCCCACCGCACCCUCCCGAGGCCCACUGGGUGUCGUUCCUAAAAAAUGAUUGAUAAACACAUUUCCCGAGUCCGGAAAUGUCUCUUCAAAUACAUGUUAAUCUGUGGAGCUGAUUCUUUCUCUCCUCUGGGUUUCAGACAAAUACAAACAAAACUCUUUUUUUUUAAUCCAUAAAAUUGCUAUGCUGAUAGAGUGGUGAGAGCUGGAAGCUUGAUCAAAUCCUGUUUUUUCUUGACACAGACUGAUUAAAAAUUAAAAAGAAAAUGA